GAACCGCGGCCUUUCCCUGUCACCGCCGGAAGCGCUGCCGGCCGCUUUUCCGGUGUUAGUCGCUCCUGCUGCCCGCCAUGAGCAAACGGAAAGCGCCGCAGGAGAGCCUGAACCAGGGCAUCACGGACUUCCUCAUGGAGCUCGCGAAUUACGAGCGCAACGUGAGCCGGGCCAUCCACAAGUACAACGCGUACAGGAAAGCGGCCUCCGCCAUCUCCCGGUACCCCAGCAGGAUCCAGAGCGGAGCCGAAGCGAAGAAGCUGGAUGGAGUAGGUGCUAAAAUAGCUGAGAAAAUAGAUGAGUUUUUAUCCACUGGAAAGCUCCGCAAGUUGGAAAAGAUUCGACAAGAUGAUACAAGUGCUUCCAUCAACUUCCUGACACGAGUUACUGGAAUUGGUCCUGCUGCCGCUAGGAAGUUUGUAGAGGAAGGAAUUAAGACUUUAGAAGAUCUAAGAAAAAAUGAGCACAAGCUGACCCAUCACCAGCGAAUUGGGUUGAAAUACUUUGAAGAUUUUGAGAAAAGAAUCCCAAGGGAAGAAAUGUUGCAAAUGCAGGAAAUCGUGCUGAAAGAGGUAAAGAACUUGGACCCAGAUUAUAUUGCUACGGUCUGUGGCAGUUUUAGACGAGGUGCAGAGUCAAGUGGAGACAUGGAUGUUCUCUUAACCCAUCCAACUUUCACAUCUGAAUCAUCCAAACAGUCAAAGCUUCUGCAUAAAGUUGUAGAACAAUUGGAGAAAGUCCACUUUGUCACUGAUGUGCUGUCUAAAGGUGACACCAAAUUCAUGGGUGUCUGCCAGCUGCCAAAUAAAGAAGAUGGAGCAUCUUAUCCACACAGGAGAAUUGAUAUUCGGCUUAUCCCUAAAGAUCAGUAUUACUGUGGUGUACUGUAUUUCACAGGCAGUGAUUUAUUCAAUAAGAACAUGAGAGCCCACGCUCUGGAAAUGGGCUUCACAAUCAACGAGUACACAAUCCGUCCCUUGGGUGUCACUGGAGUUGCUGGGGAGCCCCUACCAGUAGAAUGUGAGGAAGACAUCUUUGACUACAUCCAGUGGAAAUACCGGGAGCCAAAGGAUCGGAGCGAAUAACUGCCUGUAUUUGUAACUGAGCUUUCGUGGUGUUUUGUGAACGUGCAUAUUGAAAACGUGCAGGGUCUUUGGAUGUUCUGCAACAAAUGUGCAUUACUGAUCUUUAAAAGGAGGGUAUUUGUAGUAAAGCUUAAAUCCUUCCUGUGCUUUAGAGAAAGUGGAUGAGAACCCAGUGUGAAACAACUCCCUGAAGGGUGUUCAUAGUCUGUUUUUAGCUGUGCUUGUCCUGGUAGCCUGAAAUACUUCCUGCUGUUUUAAGCUAUAGCCACCCCCUGCCCCUUAAAUAUGUCACACUGCUGCUUUUUGUCUUAACAUUCCUAAUAUUUUAAAAUAAUGUCAUUUGUUCCCUGUCCAUUCUUUCCAUUCAGCUUGAGUAUUGUAGAGCUCUGCAGGCUCCUGUGUAGAUACAGAUGUUUGUGGAGGGGGGCUCUUCAGAUGAAAUAAACUAUUUACCUGAAGAAAGAAGUUCA